CAUAACGCUGGUUGGAUCAAUAACUUCCAAUAACCGGCCACACAGUUGUGGGUUCAGCUUUCAUAAAACAAGUGAAAUACUCUCGCAGCUGAGUCCGCAGGUCACCGUGAGCAGUGUGAAAGCAUUUCUUGAUAAUUUAACACCAAACACCCACUCACGGUGUGUGCGAGCAGCGCUGAUGCUGUUUUGUCAACCAGCUAGCAUCAGCUACGCCUACGGGCAAGCUGCUGCUGGCGCUUUUUUUUUUACACAAACAAGCGAUGGUGCUUUGUGUCCGGGAGUCACGAACAAUGAUGUGGUCCUGUAAAUAGCCGGCGACGUCCCGUAUAAAAGUAAAAAGCUCGACACACCGACAUAUCAAAGUUUUGUGUGACCAUGGAUCCGACCUGCAGUGCUUCUGCUGCUCCAACUGGUUUGACUGUGCAGGUGUGUUUUCCCGGUGCCCGCGCCGCUGUUUUGGAUAAUCUGAACCACCAGCGGGAAGAGGGCAGGCUGUGCGACCUCUCCAUCCAGGUGCAAGGGCAAGUGUUCAGGGCCCACCGCUGUGUGCUCGCUGCAUCCUCGCCUUACUUUCAUGACCAGGUGUUACUGAAGAAUGUCACCACCGUCUCCCUGCCCUCCGUUAUGGACCCGGUGGCCUUUGAGAGCGUCCUGAGUUCUGCGUACACAGGCCAGCUGAGCAUCGUGCAUGAUGACAUUGUUAACUACGUCACCGUGGCCAGUUUCCUCCAGAUGUGGCACAUUGUGGACAAAUGCACAGAGAUCCUGAAGAGGCCCCGGCCCUCAGCGGAGGUCACACCUGGAGAGGCGGCUGUCGCUCCACCUGGUACUGCAUCUCGCCAGCAGUCGCCCAGCAGCACAGACUGCUUAUACCUGGAAAGGGAGGGAAGACGGAAGGAGAGAAAACCUGACGCCUUGCCCCCCUUAGCUACGUGGAGACGCCCGCAGCAGUUUCCCAGAUGGGGGCGCCCGCGACCCUCAUCAGCCCAGCACUUAGCUGACUCUCAACUGGACACCAUCCCCGGCUACGUGGAGUGCGAUUACACCAACUGUGAGGAGACAUGGGUAUCAAGCCAAGCCAAAACUAGCCACUUUGCUCAUGACGGACCUGGUCAGAAUGGCCGACACCACGGAGGGUUCCCCAGUGGUGAAGCGUCAAAACAGAAGGUUAGGUUUCAACAGCGGGGAGCGCUGCCGAGUGCUGAUAGGCUGCCUGAUAAGAGCAGAGAGAGCGGAGACGGUGAUGAGACUCAAGAGAAGAGGAAGAGGGAGAAAACAGAGAUCGAGGCGGAUGAGGGAGUCGGAGAAGCUGCGGUGGAGAAGAAGGGAGGCAUUGCACAGAUGGGACAAUGCGCAGACUUCCACCCAGUUUCAAAUGAGAAUGUAGCUGCAGGACAAGCAGCAGGGAAGGCAAAUGUGGACGAGAUGAAGGAAAAAACGCAGAGAAGUUUGGUUGGAAGAGAUCCCUCCUCAGAGCUGCCCAGUGGUCACGCUUGCCAAACAGGUGAAGAAGUCCCGGGUCCUUCCUGUCCAGUCUCAGGCCGGCUGCAGUGGCAGGCGGCUCCCUGGUCUCAACAGGAGCAGCGGCCGCAGGAAGGAGAGGGCGGCAGCUGCAGCAAAGACGAGGACGAAGAUGAUGAGGAGGAGGACGUGGAUUUUGAAUGUUUCACAGAAGGGACGUUUAGCAGAGACACAUAUGAUGAGAUCGAAGAGGGCACGGGACAGGUUUCCCAGAGGCCUUUGGUGCCUGUGUCUCCUGACUUCACCAUGGCGGGCUCGGAGGUGAACUGGCCCUCCACCAGUGUGGGACAGGGUGGCUCGUUGACCCCCACCUCAAGUCGCCAUCAGUCUCCAUCCUCUGCCGCAUUCCCGCCACCUUCUUCGCCCCCGACACCAUCUUCGUCAUCCUCAGUGUCCCUCGCUGGCGCCCCCUACACCGGCAAAGUCCACUUCUGCCACUGCGGCAAAGCCUACACCCUGAAGAGUAUGCGUGACCGACACGUGAAGAUGCAGCACCUCAAUCUGCGGCCGUUCGGCUGUCCCGUUUGCACAAAGUCCUUCAAGAUGAAGCACCAUUUGACCAAGCACCUUAAGACUCACGGGGGGCUGCGGCCCUACGAGUGCGGCCUGUGUGGGAAGAAGGUCAUCUGGAGAGACAGUUUCCUCAGGCAUCAGGCUCGAUGCGAGAGACUCGCCUCCAGCUCCUCGGCUAACAGCAACAACACAAGCACCGCCGCAGCAGAUAUAGAUGACAGCUACAGCUAUGGGUUUGAAGACGGGGAGGCUUUCCUCGCAACGGGCGGACAAGUGAAAGUGGAGGAGGUUGAUUUUCACGGGGAGAUGGAGGACGGGAUGCGCGGCCUGUUGGGCAGCGUGUCUGGGAUUGUGGACGAGCUAAGAACUCAGUCACAAGAUUUAGACACGGAUCAUGUUUUCAAAGAGGAGGCGAGUGAGAGCUUUAGCGGAAAUUAAUGUGAAACUGCAUCUACGUACACAGGAAAGAUAAUGGAUUACAUGAUGACUUUAAAAGUCUCUGGACAAAAAUCGUCGAAGGCUUCUUUGAGCUGCCGCUUUUGUUUCAUCCUUUUUAUGUGCAUUCUUUUCAUGUCAUGAGUAUUUUGACAAAAAAAGGAACAAUCAUGCUUCAAGUGAUCCUUUUUAAUUUGCGCAGUGCCACGUGGCCUCAGUUCUUUUUAAGUGAUGCUGUGAACUGUACACCUGUGCUGUGAAUGUACUUCUUGAGCCUGAAAAAAAGAUCAUUUGCAUUUUGCACAUAAAUUAUUUGCCAUUGAUCUGCAUUACAAAAUAAAUACAAGGGUAUACAAAUGUUUUUUUGGGGCCAUAUUGAUGUCUUUUUCUCAGUAUGUAAAGGAUUCUUGGUAUAAUAAAAACAGUUGAUUUUUUUCCG